GGGAAUUUGGCAUUGUGGAGUGAUCAGAAACCAAUUACAAUUUAACACAGCGUUUAAUUGUCACCUUCUUGCUGAAAACCGAGCAAUGUGUCAACGACAGAUGUGAGCUGAUAGUGGAAGACACUUGCCUUGGAGUACAUCAUUGUCCUAUUUAGUUGGAACUUGCCUGUGGAUUUUAAAAAAUAAUACAGAAUGCUUAUUUAGUAAAUGAUAUUUGAUUGGUGAAAGAAUUUGUUUAGCUCAUGCGCAACAUGAGAAGAGUGCAAGUCAGAAAUAUCUAAUAGAUUUCUGAAAAAGGAACCAUAAAAACAGAUGUGUGGUUGUCUAAUUUUUUGGGUCUCUCCUCUCUUGUACCCAAAUAUGAUGUCAGAGUUGGUACCACGGAUGAUGUAACACCUUCAUUUGUGCAAAAUUUGAAACCACAACUUGCGAGCUAAUGAUACCAAGCCUGGAAGACUCCACACACCUGGAGCUGGAAGGGGACUAUGUAGAACUAUUGGACAUAGCUUCUGCGGCGGACCACCCGCCAUCUGUUUCCUCUGGUCAACCUGAAAUGGGGGAUCCCCCCAAGGCCCCUCAAGUGAACAGAGAUCCUGUUUCGAGUGUCGCUAAUUAUAAGUGGGUUUGUGGGACUGGUAUGACCAGUGAGGAGGGGGCAUGCACCCCUUGUCUAAAUAGAAAACUAAAUAACAACUUGAAUGUCCAGGAGACAAAGUGCCGCUUCCGACGGUCGUACAUGGCUGCUCUUAAGAAUCCUGUUAGUUUCUGCUCUGCACCCAUGGCUGAUAUAUUGGAGGACCCCGUGAGCAGGGCUGAUACAUCAACCAUGUUUGCUGCCCUGGAGAGUCCACUUUGCUCCCGGAGGAAAACUUCAACCCACACAGCUGCUUCUUGGCUUUUCCCUGGCAAAGGAGAACCAAAACCCGGAGAUGUACCUGGCCUGGGUUCCUCAAAAAAUUCCAGAUCUACCCCUUCAUCUGGUUCAGACUCCUCCCCUUCUCUUGUACACAGAUUUUCGUUUCUAAGAGGACAGCGCAAUUCCUCUUCAACAGGGGACGGAAUUACCAUUGAUGGUGGUGGUAGUCACCAUGGAGGUACUUGGAGGAGGGUGUCCGCUGUAUGUUCCCCUCGACUCAGCAGGACUAAAUUCGUUGGGAAAGGAUUGGUGCCAAAUUCCACCUCUGGACUUGACAUUACUUCCUCUGUCCAGAAGGUCCCAUCCAAGACUGGUCUUUGGGUUUCCAUUGUAGGAUCUCCAGCAAGAGGAACUAUCCCGUGGGAAACCAUCUCGGACCCUCCAAUUCAGUGCCAGGACCUCAGUGCCAAGUUACUGUACUCUGGAAUCGCUUGCCUCCCAGGAAGCAGGGACAAGCAGGGCAGGGCCCUAAUCCAGGUGACCACAGAUAGCAGCGCGUGGGAGACUCCCUGGUGUUCGGUGAAAGAGGUGGCAAGAUUACUGCUCUACCUUUGUUCCGUGGCCAGAAAGGAAGUCAAGGAUCUGGGAGUCCUGAUAUUAGUCGAUGCUAGGAAGCAACCUCCAACAUCAUGUCUACAUGCAGCUCUACAGUCGGCCCAGGCAUCGUGUCCUGGUUCUAUUCAAAACAUUCUAAUCCUGGUGGAGAAGGACAGUGCCAGCCAGAUGGACAGAAUACCUGGGCUACCGGUAGAGGUCUUGACUUCACUGAAAGGGCUGAGCCGGUACGUGGAGAUUGGACAGCUGACCUGGGACCUGGGGGGCACCUUCCCAUACUGUCACAGCGAGUGGGUCCAGUUUUAUCAGAAACUGGAUGCUUUCCUGGCAGACUUGAGAAAAGCCUCCGACUUACUACAGCACUCAAUCCAAGAACUGGGAGAUGACAAUGCUCCACAAGACUCCAAGGAAGCAGAAGAGAAGAUGAGCCAGUACCGAGAGUUGAUGAGGUUGGUACUUAGUGACUCUCGGUUAGUCUCCCUGCAGAGAGAAGGAGGUACUACCCUGGCCAGACUGCGUAAAGAGGCCACAAGAUUCUACUGCUCACACGAUGUCAGGAGUGCGGUGGAGUCAGCGAUACACAUGUACAACAGUCUGGAGGAAAAAGUACACGCUCUAGUGUCAAAAUCCAACCGAAGACUUGAGCUCUUGGAGUCACUCCUGAAGGUCCGAGCUUUGGAGAGUCAAUUUAGUCAGCUUAUUUUGUGGAUGGAUGAUGAUGGAGAGAAUAAGCUACAUCAACUGGACAACAUGGAUUGGACCUUGGAAACCCUGGAGAGAUACCACAAGAAAUUCAAAGACUUUUACCUCCAAGCAACAGUACAUUAUAAUCACGGGCUGGUGCUUUUGGAUGAUGCCAACAAAUUCAACGGUUCCCUCUUCCCAGAGAUGGAAUCAUUCAAGGCUGUGAGAGGUGGAUUUCAGACCAAACUCACCGCUUUCUACAUGAGGGUGGAGAGGCAGAAGGAAGAGCUGGAAAAACUUGUGAAUCUCUACAGAUUUUGCAACAAGAUCACACAAUUAACAGUGAGCUGCGGCCGUUACCUUGGACAGCUAAAGAAGGCAGAGAAUCGGUGGUGUCAACCAGAGACCCAACAGUGCCUCGAGAAUUUCCUGCAGCGGCUGACACAUGAACUUUCAGCAGACAAAUUUCAAGAAAUGAAAGAGGAGUCGUACACACUGAGCAGCUGUAGAGGGCUGGCUGUGUGGAAUGAAACCUGGCUCAGGUGUCAGGAGGCCAAACAACUAUUAGAAGAGACUCUAGAAAAGUGUAGAGAUGAGCAAAGUACACAUACAUCUGACAGGCACAAGGAUGCUGCUGUUGGCUCAGUAACCAGCACCCAAAGUGAGGACACUCAUGUGAGUUGUUCUAGUGAAGUUUCUACCCUAGAUAAGAAUGGAGAAGAGGUUUAUAAACCAAGGAGCAGCAUGCGAUCAGCAGAGGCAACAGUCAUAAACUGCUGUAGCUUUGGACUGCAUGCUGGUUCCAUGAGCCUUUUCCUGAAGUCAUCUAGGAACAAUCGAAAUGGAAGAGUUAUGCGAGAACCUGUCAACUCUCAGGGAUGUUCAACGAGCAAGGAGUCCAAUGGCAACAAUGUGACAGAUCUUGAGAACACAGAACUCAUGGCACAGAACUCCAACAAUGAAGCUUUGGAGAUCCUCCACACCCCCAGCCCCAAACUGCCCCCACGAACUCCUGUACAGUCACCCUCUUCAACAAAUACUGAGCAAGUCCAAUGGCUGGCCUUUGGUAGGUCUCACAAUGAUGACUCAUGCACCCAAAUCCAAGGAGAUAAUGGUAAGCGGGUGACAAAGUCUGGAAGGAACUGCACACUCUCCAGGCAUGCCAGCUUCUCCAUGGGGGACACUGCCUCCCAGUACUCCUCAGAAAGCUCUUCACUCAUGUCACCACUUCUAGCUAUGGAACCACUUACACCACGUAUUCCCUGGAGGAGAGGUGCAAUGACAGAAACAACACGGGACAAUGACUGGACUGCCAAUGUUAACUUUGCUAAACUCCACAGAAUAAUGGAGGAGUUGCUUGCUACAGAGAGAGAUUACGUAUGUUCACUGGGGUAUGUCCUGUCUCACUAUAUCUGUGAGAUGGACCGACCAGAUCUUCCCCCUACAUUGCGAGGACAGCAUGCUGCCAUCUUUGGAAAUUUGGAGAAAAUCUAUGAGUUCCACAGCCAUAUCUUCCUGCAGGAACUAACAAGCUGCAGGAGAGACCCAAGUCAUGUUGGGUCAUGCUUCCUCAAGCACAAGGAACAAUUUGGGCUGUACGCUUUUUACAGCAAGAACAAACCUCAAUCAGACCGGCUCUUGCAGGACCAUGGAGCAACAUUCUUCAAGAAGAAGCAGCAGGAUUUGGGUGAUAAGAUGGACCUCUCCUCCUACCUUCUGAAACCCAUACAACGAAUCAGCAAGUACAGUCUACUCCUGCAGGACAUGGAGUGGGAAUGCAAAGGGCAGAGUGCACGGGCAGAGGAGCUAAAAGCCGCUCGGGAGGUUGUGCGCUUCCAACUUCGACACGGGAAUGACCUUCUUGCAAUGGACGCUAUUCAGGAUUGUGAUGUGAACCUGAAGGAGCAAGGCCGGUUACUGCACCAAGGAGAGUUCAUGAUUUCCUACAGGAAGAGGAAAUGUUUGAGAAGAGUCUUUCUGUUCGAAGACCUGGUUCUUUUCAGCAAAACAAAAAAAAGUCCCUCGGGAAGUGAGAUCUAUGUUUACAAACAGUCCUUCAAGACUUCAGAGAUCGGUCUCACUCACACUUUGGGGGGCAGCGGACUCUGCUUUGAGAUCUGGUUCCGCAGAAGGAAGCUGGAAGACACCUACACACUGCAGGCACCAACAGCAGAGAUUAAAGAAGCAUGGACCAAGGACUUGGAAAAAAUCUUAUGGGAUCAGGCCAUCAAAAACAGAGAACAACGAAAACAGGAACGAGCAUUCUCUGGACUUGGGUGCAAACCUUUCACUGACAUCCAGCCGAGUGAUGCUGCCAUUAGCAGUAGAGCUGUCCAUGGUCCGACUGGAGAAGGAGAUGAGAAUCUUCAUCCUUCCUCUCUGGUUGUUCUACCUUAUCAAAUGUCACCGCCUCCGCCGCUGCGCUCUAUGUCUGUAGGCUCUCGGAGCAGUGCCAGCAGCGCGGUUUCCCUUGGAGGCUGUUCAUCCACCUCAUCUGGACGUGGCUCACUAAGCCCCUACCUCAAUUACCCUGGAUCGGAGACACCCUGGCGGUGCUGCAGGACAGAACCACCCCAGGAGAGAGAGAACCGCAUCUUCCUGAGCGCUAGUUCUGGCUCAUCAGAGGGGAGUGUCAACGGAUACAACUCCUCCGACCCGUGUCACCAGCCCUUAGGACAUCUAAACAUGUGUUACCCUGCGGAACACUGGCCCGCCCUGCAGAUAGGAGACAAGCCAUCAGGAAACAGCAUCCCGUGAAAGAAAAGAUACACAAUGCCGUCAGAAGAUAUUGUUCCGUAAUAUAUGUUGUAGCUUAUUUAGAUCGAUGAACCCGCACAGGUUUUAAAUAUGUAAAAUAUUAAUAAAAAUGUUUCAUUUAA